AGCAAUGGACAUGGAGGUUUGUUGCACUUUGGGUAUGUUGAAUGAAGACCAAGCUAAAGCUUUGAAAGAUGCUGGUUUAACUGCAUAUAAUCAUAAUUUGGAUACAUCUCGAGAAUAUUAUCCAAAGAUAAUAACUACUCGAUCCUAUGAUGAGAGACUUCAAACCAUUUCAAAUGUUCAAAGUGCUGGUAUUUCAGUAUGCUCAGGAGGUAUUAUUGGGUUAGGUGAAACAUCUGAGGAUCGUGUAAAUAUGUUACAUACUUUGGCAACUUUUGCUCUGCAUCCUGAGAGUGUGCCGAUUAAUGCACUUGUUCAAGUUGAGGGUACACCAUUGGAACAACAAGAGCCUGUUUCUAUCUGGGAAAUGAUUCGAAUGAUUGCAACUGCACGUAUAAUUAUGCCUAAAUCGAUGAUAAGAUUAUCUGCUGGACGAAUUCGGUUCUCCCACCCUGAACAAGCUCUAUGUUUCUUUGCUGGUGCAAAUUCUAUUUUUACUGGUGAUAAAUUAUUAACAACUGAUAAUAAUGAUUAUGACUCUGAUCAAGAAAUGUUCAAAAUUCUAGGUCUUACACCAAAAGCUGCAAAUUUCAAUCAAGGAUCAUCCCCAAUGAUUAAUCUAAAUAAUGAUAAUAAGCAGCAACAAAAUGAAUUAUAA